GCGUCCAGGCACUUUUAGUGGUUCUUUUUUUUCUUCACCGCAUACAUAAAAACCCCAAAGUUCAAACUCACAGCACUCAUCGUACCAAACAAGCUUCAAAAAAAUGGCUACCGACGAGACCAAGUUCAGCGUGCUCUGCAGCCUCUUCAACUGGAUGCAGAAAUCCAAAACCUCAACCCUAAAGCGCUCCAAAUUCCGCAAAUUUCUCGACAAUUUCUGCAAACCCGCCGAUUACUUCAGCUCCAUUCGCCUCAUUCUUCCCAGCCUCGACCGCGAGCGCGGCUCCUACGGCCUCAAGGAGUCCGUGCUUGCCACCUGCCUCAUCGACGCCCUUGGCAUCGCCAGAGACUCCGAGGACGCUCUCCGCCUAAUUAAUUGGCGCAAGGGUGGCGCCAAGACCGGCGCCAAUGCCGGGAACUUCUCCCUCGUGGCGGCGGAGGUGUUGCAACGUAGACAGGGUUUGAGUUCAGGUGGACUAACAAUCAAGGAGUUAAAUGACUUGCUUGAUCGUUUAGCUUCGAGUGAAAACAGGGCAGAGAAGACUUCAGUUCUUUCGACCCUGAUAAACAAGACAAAUGCACAGGAAAUGAAGUGGAUUGUCAUGAUCAUUCUUAAAGAUCUGAAGCUGGGAACUAGUGAAAAGAGCAUCUUUCACGAAUUUCAUCCGGAUGCUGAAGAUUUGUUUAAUGUCACAUGCGACUUGAAAUUGGUCUGUGAAAAGCUCAGUGAUAGAAAUCAGCGCCAUAAACGCCAGGACAUUGAAGUUGGAAAAGCUGUGCGCCCACAACUAGCUAUGAGAGUUGGUGAUGCAAAUAUUGCAUGGAAAAAGUUUCAUGGUAAGGAAGUGGUUGUUGAGUGUAAAUUUGAUGGCGAUCGCAUCCAAAUUCAUAAGAACGGAAGUGAAGUACAUUACUUCUCAAGGAAUUUUCUUGAGCACUCUGAAUACGCACAUGCAAUGUCAGACAUUAUCGUAGAAAAUGUGCUGGCUGAUAGGUGUAUUCUUGAUGGUGAGAUGUUGGUCUGGGACACAUCUUCUAAUCGUUUUGCUGAGUUUGGUUCAAAUCAAGAAAUAGCCAAGGCAGCAAGGGACGGGAUUGACAGUGAUAGACAGUUGUGCUAUGUUGCAUUCGAUAUCCUCUAUGUUGGAGAUACUAGUGUGAUUCACCAGAGCUUGAAGGAACGACAUGAGCUUCUCCAGAAAGUUGUGAAUCCAUUGAAGGGUUGUUUAGAGAUUUUAGUACCCAAUCGUGGUCUUAACGCUCACCGUAAUGAAGUCUCUUGUGAUGGGAAUGCAGGGGAACCUUGCUGGUCGCUUAUUGCUAGUAAUGUGGAUGAUGUUGAGAAGUUUUUCAAAGAUACCAUCGAAAAUAGAGAUGAGGGGAUUGUUUUGAAGGACCUUGGUUCGAAAUGGGAACCUAGUGAUCGUAGUGGAAAAUGGUUAAAAUUAAAGCCUGACUACAUUCGUGCAGGUUCUGAUCUGGACGUUCUUAUCAUAGGAGGAUACUAUGGCUCUGGACGUCGUGGAGGGGUGGUAGCUCAGUUCUUGGUGGGUCUUGCUGAGCGUCCGGUUUCAAAUACAUAUCCUAGAAGGUUUGUAUCCUUUUGCAGAGUGGGCACUGGACUUUCUGAUGAAGAGAUAGAAGCUGUUGCAACAAAAUUAAAGCCGUAUUUGAGGAAAUAUGAGUACCCAAAAAAGGCACCACCAAGUUUUUAUCAAGUAACAGACAAUUCUAAAGAGAGACCAGAUGUUUGGGUUGAAAGCCCUGAGAAAUCAAUAAUACUUUCUAUAACGAGUGACAUCAGAACUAUAAAGUCUGAGGUUUUUGCUGCACCGUACAGCCUGAGAUUUCCACGUAUUGAUCGUGUUAGAUAUGAUAAACCUUGGCAUGAAUGCCUUGACGUGCAGUCAUUUAUAGAGCUUGUACAAGCAGGCAAUGGGACCACACAAAGGGGGACGGAUUAUGGUGGUCUGCAGGAUACUAAAAAGAGAAGCAAGAAGUCCCCUAGAAAGGAAGAGAAAAGAAAUCUGUCUAUUGUCCCCUCUCAUUUUGUUCAGACUGAUGUUUCGGGCGUGAAGGAGGACACAUUACUAUUUUCAAAUAUGAUGUUUUACUUUGUUAAUGUGCCACCCACUCAUUCUCUUGAUUCCUUGCACAAGCUAGUUGUUGAGAAUGGGGGUACUUUCUCUAUGAAUUUAAAUAAUGCAGUUACACACUGUGUUGCAGCUGAUGGCAAAGGGAUCAGGUAUCAGGCAGCAAAGCGUCAUGGAGAUAUCAUUCAUAUCUCUUGGGUGUUGGAUUGUUGUUCUCAAAAGAAACUCCUUCCAUUACAGCCAAAGUACUAUCUCUUCUUAUCUGACUCUUCUAAGAAGAAGUUACAAGAAGAGAUUGAUGAUUUUUCUGACUCGUACUACUGGGAUCUUGACCUUGCGGAGAUAAAGCAGCUUUUAAGCAACAUUCAUAGAUCAGAGGACUCCAAAGUUGUUGACUAUUACAAGAAAAAAUACUGUCCGGUGGAUAGAUGGUCUCGCUUUCACGACUGCUGCAUUUACUUUAAAUCCUCAAUUCAUUCCUCGAAGCCGGAUUGGGAAGUUGUCUUAGGACUCACACUGAGAAGGUUGAGGAUUGAAGUUCUCAGGGGUGGUGGCAGAGUCACUGACGGUCUUGUUCAGGCGACCCAUUUGGUAGUCUUGUCUGUGCAGGGUCCUGAUAUAUUUGAAACUUUAUUACGAAGUUUCACUGAAGGAGACAAACGAUAUCUGCAUAGCAAAAGGUUGCAUAUUGUUGGAUCGCAAUGGUUGGAAGACUGCUUGGAAAGAGACCAAAGAUUGCAAGAGGAAAAAUAUAGCUUAAAACCCAAUGGGUUGGAAGAAUCCAACGUUGAAGAAUGGAAACAUGACAUGGGUCUAGAAGAAGCACCCUGCGAUAUGGAUGCGGUGGAAAACCACAAUUCUUGUUUUCCUAACCGGAAAGGAAAAGAGAUUGAAGUAAAAGCGGCUCCAGAAAACUAUAAGAUGUUGGACUCACCCGAGAGGGGAAGCAAAAGGAAAAGGGGAAGACCUGCUCGCACAAGCUUGAACAAAGGAAAAUCAGCUGUCAACCAAGCUAGAAGAGCACGGGCGCGUAUUGGAAGGAAGCCAGCUAAAAUAUCUGGCAACGAGUCAGAAGAAGGUGGCUCUCAUGACAGUACAUCACUUGGGGAAGAGGUUGAUCUGGGAGAAAGAAUUCACGGAACGGUAGGUCAGGAAAGUAGAGACAUCCAAGAAAAUGAAGCAAUGAAAGAUUCUGAAUCGUUACGAAGAGGCAAAGCAGUUGAGCAAGAUGUCGCCGAGGACAUUAGAAUUGAAGAGCCUUACAAGAUUGCUGAAAUCAAAAUGAAGGAGAAACAAAACGUCCAAGAGAGUAAAAAACGGGAGGAACUUGAAGCUACGGCUGAUCCUGUUGAAGCCAUGUUGCUUGACAUGAUUCCAAGUCUUGGUAUGAAAAAAGCUGAAACUACAUAUACGAGUACUCGAGAUGAGAAACCAGCACCGGAUCCGAUACCGAAUGCAGGACCUUCAAAGAAAAAGAAAGUUAGCUACAAGGAUAUUGCUAGUGAGCUGCUAAAGGAUUGGUAAAUUGAUUUCUGCGUUAGGGUUGUCUCUUUUGUAUGUAAUGGAUCCGGAGUUAAUCGAACCUGAACCCAAACCA